GGCUCGCGUGUUCGCUUCGUUCCGCGCUUCCGAUUCGGGAGGUCCGCAGUGUUGAGCGGUUGCGUUUGCGUCGGUCACGAACGGAGCUGAGGACGGGUGUUCGAAAUAGCUACAGCCAACAUUUCGAUUAUGAUAUAGUGAGGGGUUCAACAAGAACUCUGUGUAGUUAAGUGACAAAGACAGUGUGUGAGAACUAUGAGGACCCAUAAGCGCAGCUAACGAUCGGUUGCCCAUCGUAGAAUGGGUAUACUCAUGGAGACGACGGAAGUGAACCUGGGCAGCGGGUACAAGCGAGCGCGCGAAGUCAGCACCAUGGGGACACCCGGCGAAUACUACGCGGACACGUUCCACACCAUCGCCAUCAAUACCAGGGAGACAGAGUUCGGAAGCAUUGUCGAACCAAUUCCGAUCAUGCUCAAAGCCUACAAGUACGCUCCGCACGGCCACCCGGCUAAUGGUUACGGUUCCCCGCAAACCACAGCUCCUAUUAACCCUGUCCCCCGGCUACUCCCGGAGGCAACACCAACAUCGGCCUUCGCCCCGAUUAUUUACAAAAAGGAAGAGAUAAAAACAGAGAAGGUUCGACCUCCACCAAAAAAGAAAUGGAUUAGAGAAUAUUUAGAAGAGGAACCGAAGUCGCCUGUGAUAGUGCGCUCAGCGACGGUGAUGCCGGUGACGGCGUGCAACGGCAUCGUGAAUGUGAAACCGCCGUCACCGGUACCCCCCGCGCCCGCCCUCGAGCUGGUGUCCGCGCCAGCCCCCCACCCCGCACCCCUCAUCGACUUCGCACAAGAACAUUCCAGGCCGCGUACGACGAGCAACACCAGUCAUGGGCCAUCUCAGAUCCCCUCCCCUCCCUCCGUGGGUAGCACGGGUAGCAGCGGAGGCAGCGCCUCCAGCGUACCGCGUGCUGGUACCCGCGAAGUCCACAACAAGCUGGAAAAGAACCGUCGCGCCCACCUCAAGGAGUGCUUCGAGCUGCUCAAGCGACAGCUUCCCGCCACCUCUGACGACAAGAAGACUUCCAAUCUCUCUAUUUUGGGAUCCGCGAUUAGGUAUAUUCAGGUUCUGCGUCGAAAGGAGCGCGAAUGCGAGCACGAAAUGGAAAGGCUGGCUCGCGAGAAAAUCGCCGCGCAACAGCGUCUGGCUGCGUUAAAACGAGAAGUUUCGGUUCGCACCACUGUGCGCCCACGGAGUAUCGACGCUAUUUCCGACGAGAAAGACCGGGAAGAACCAAUCAACGGACAAGUUUUAGGAAUCCCCAUUAGUAUUACCUCCUCGCCGCCUCGUUCGACGUCAUCAAUGGAAUCAUCUCCACCCCACACCUUAAACUUGAGUACGAAGUUACGUACGCUACCCAUUCAGUUAACACCCACCACCUCACAGAUGGUUCGCGCCCCGUACGGAGCUAGGCACGGCGCGGUCACAUUGACGACCCUCGCCGCCACCGAACCCACGCCCCAACAAAACGGUCAGCACGUUGAGAACGGCGUCAACACCGGUCUCAAUGGCACCACUAUAGUUCAUCCAGCACAAAUACACCUGCCCAUAUCGCAGGUGGUGGGCAGCGGCGGGCUAGUGGUGGGCGGCGCGGCGCUGCAGCUGCUGUCGAGCGCAGGGCUCCGCGUGCUGCACGCGCCCUCCCUGCAUCACAACGGUGUGACGGCUGAAAACAACAGGGUUCCUAAAGAAAACGGGGUGGUGUCACCGACGCCUGCGUCUACAGAAACAACAGGAAGCGUGGUGGUCAGCGGGCUAGCCCCGCUUGUAGUGUCGCAGCCCACUACGCAUCUUUUGCAAACGCACACGCUCACGCAUAAGAUGGUAGAAACUCAGAUGGUGAAAGGUUCUGUAGCGCCACUGACCGUGAGCGCACAGUACCUGAGCGCGACGACCAUCGUGAAGCCCGUGGUGGUGGUCACCGCGCCCUCCGCGCCCCACACGUGAGUCACGCCUCCCGCGCUCGCUGACAGCCUGGUACUAACCGCCGACACUUUGCCGCCUUAGACCGUUGACUGUCAAUGACAUUAACAUUAAGAGAAGAAGAUAGACAAGAAAGUCAACAGGUGACAAGGGCAUACGAAAGAAAUUACAAGAUCCAGUAAAUCAGUCUAUAUGACCUUUGACUGCGUUCGCCGCUGAUAUAUCAUUCGGACGUUAUUGACGCCCAAAACCAUCACUGCCAAAGUGUAUUCGAGCAAUAAAGUUAAAUCGUGCGUCCCUCUCGUGCGUUAUCGUUUUCGAAGUGUGUGAGUGAGACGAGUGUGCGUCGCGCGUGACUCUGAAAUGUGCACGUCUCGUUUUGGGCGUGUUUCACAAUAAACAAAUUACCAUGAGGACGGUGAUAGCAAAGUGACAAAACGAUGGACGGGAUCGGCCAAAUAGUGUAUAUUUUUCUACUAUAACAAUAUCCAGCAAUGUGAUUGAUUACAAUAAAUGUAAAUUAUUUAUAUGUUUAUUUAUUUAGGUUGAUAGGGAAGUACUCGGGGCGGCUACCUGUGGUGGCUAUUCGCAAAAUGGUCGAGAUACAGAGAUAUAGUAUAACCCGGCAAUAUUCUAAAUAUCUGCUGCUCGUUGUUGACAUGACCUUAUACUAUUUUAUAAAGAAAACAAUAAGCGGUUCUGAAGAAACUAAACUUACAGUAGAUUGGGAGGAAUAGGGACAAAUCUGGGAUGUCACAAAUACUGUUGUUGAGUUGUUAGAUUUAACUUUGUUGAACUGAAAAUGACUUUUAUUUAGUGUUUAAGAAU